AUGGAUAUGAUUGAUUUAACUGAUACACCAAACAAGAUUAAAUCGAAGAAACAGACACAUACUUUUGAGUUGUCUCCAAUUUGUGAGGAUGUCAUGUUUAAGAAAAUUCUUGCGUUAGAUGAUAGCAAGAAAGUCAGUGGUUCGAUUCCAACGAAGAUGCUUAAAUUAGCUGCUAGAUAUUGUGUUCCAGUACUUACAAAAUGUUUUAACAGUUCUAUUAUUGACAGUUCUGUUUUUCCUAGUCUUUUAUCUUUGGCAGAGAUAAUCCCUUUAUAUAAAAAGGGUAGCUUCACAGACAAGGUAAAUUAUAGACCUGUCAGUUUGUUACCAACUGUUUCCAAAGUUUUUGAGAGAAUUUUAGCCAAACAACUGUUACCAUUCUUCAACACCUUUUUGUCUAAAUAUCUUUGUGGAUUUCGAAAGAGUUACAGCUGUCAGUAUGCUAUUUUAAACAUGCUUCAAAAGUGGCAAAAAUGUCUCUCAAAAUCUGGAAAAGUCGGUGCAGUUUUGAUGGAUUUAUCCAAAGCAUUUGAUUGUCUCCCUUUUGAGGGUGAUAUCUGCAACUUUGCCGACGACAACACCAUUUUUAGUUGUAAGAGUAGCAUUACUGCUGUUCUAGGAAGUUUGCACUCUGACAUAGUCAAAGUGGUAAACUGGUUCAACUCAAAUGGUAUGGUUGCAAAUCCAAGCAAGUUUCAGAUGAUAAUUCUGGGAGCUGAUGUUGGCAAUAUCAGCAUUCAGAUUGGCUCAUCUUCUAUUGCUCCAUCAAAACAAGUUAAGUUACUAGGUAUUACUCUGGAUGAAAAACUUUCAUUUUACCCUCACGUAAAAGGGAUGUGCAAAAGUGCUUCCUCAAAGACAAAAGCACUCCUGAGGAUACGAAAUUUUCUCAAACAGGAUCAGAUUGAUUUAUUAUUUAACUCAUUUAUUUUACCUUGUUUCAAUUAUUGCCCCCUUGUAUGGAUGUUCUGUAGCAAACAGGCACACAAUCUCAUUUCGGCAACCCAUAAAAGAGCGUUGUGUGCAAAAACUGGUCUGGUGCAGAAAACCUAUACAGAAAUACUGGAAAUAUCUAGUAUGAUGCCUAUCCAUGAUAGAAAUCUGAAAAGCCUUGUAACUGAAGUUUAUAAGUGUCUUCAUGGAUUGAACCCUGAACUAAUGUGGGAUAUUUUUCGAAAGAAGGAGACUACUUACAGUCUUAGGCGUGGUACUGUACUGGUCAUUCCACCUUCUAAAAGCAGUAUCGGGCAGAAUUCUUUUCAAUUUCGCGCUAGCCUAGCCUGGAAUUACCUACCUGCGUGUGUCAAAAAUGUGACAGAUCUAAAAGAAUUCAAAUCUGUUAUCAGGCACGUUGAAAUAUACUGCCAAUCUAAAAACACAUCAGGGACAUUACAAAAUCUACUUCUACCUAAACACCAUCCAUCGAUAAACAAAGUUCACCAGAAAAUAGUAUAUUUCGAGGUCUUGUAA